AUGGCAAAGCCAACAGAUGCUAACAACAAACAACAGGCUAAUGUGAAAGAAGACGGAAGUCAAAAACGGAAGAGGGAAGGUCCGCAAUCCAAAUCGUCAGAGGAAUUGCUGAAAGAAGAGGUUACUGAAAUUAUGGAUGAGUUCACCACCCUUGGUAGCUAUUAUCAACUUGUGGACAAAAUCGGCGAAGGUACCUUCAGUUCUGUCUACAAAGCAGUUGAUGUUCGACAUGAAUAUUACGAUAAUUCAAACUGGGAUCUGAGCACCAUAUGCAACGACUAUGAACGAAUUAAUCUUGAUCAAAGCUCCUCAUCAUUUAUGACGCUUAAAAGGAUCUACGUUACCAGCAGUCCGGAACGCAUUACGAGUGAAAUUGAGAUACUGCAUCAAUUAAGUGGUAGCGAAUGCGUCGUACCUCUCAUUACAGCGUUUCGGCAAAUGGAUCAAGUCAUGGUGGUUUUACCAUAUCUCCCGCAUGAUGACUUUCGGGCGUUUUACAGAUCCAUGGAAAUGGAUGACAUACGGUGCUAUUUCCGAUGCUUAUUUACAGCGCUCAAGCAUGUUCAUAAAAAUCGCAUUCUGCAUCGCGAUAUAAAGCCAGGAAAUUUUUUGUUCAACUACAAGUAUCGAACGGGAAUGCUGGUGGAUUUCGGGUUAGCACAGGUAGUCUUGAAAUCAAGACAAAGCAAUGUUCCUCUUUCGCUGAUGAAUGAAAAAGAAAACAUGCGAUCUUCACACUUCAAAGAGCCUCAGCCUGCGCCAGUUGGUUACUACAAGAACGACUCUAGAAACCCUGUUCGAGCGAACCGAGCCGGCACGAGAGGCUUUCGCGCCCCCGAAGUGUUGCUGCGUGUGGUCCAUCAAACGGUUGCAAUCGAUGUGUGGGCUGUGGGAGUCAUUCUCAUCUCCAUCCUGACGGCACGGUUUCCGUUCUUCCAAUCAGAGGACGAUGCGGAUGCAUUGAUUGAGAUAGCGACGAUCUUUGGACUGAAGGAAAUGAAGGAAUGCGCAUCUCUACAUAAUCGAACAUUUCAUACUAAUGUCACAACCAUUCCCAAAACUCGACUCUCGUUUAUAAAACUGUGCAUGGCGUUGAACAAGCAAAAAGCAGAAGCGUGGGGAGAGCAAAACGUCCGCGACGCCGUGGAUUUGCUUGAAAAGUGUCUGGUGCUGGAUUGCAGCCGACGCAUCUCCGCUGAAGAAGCUCUCGAUCAUCCUUUCUUCCAUCCUUCAGCCCAUUCAUAA